UGUGUCCAUGAGCGUUCAAAACGAAGCGUUGCGCGAUGUUGAGCGCGCGAAUGUAUUCGGCAGAGGAGCGGGAGAGUCUGGCCUGGUCUACCAGGCACGAGCGGUUCAGCGCAAGGCGCUCAUCAAGCAAGAAGAACGUCCACCUGCAGUCCCUGUGUCUAUUUAAGUCAGUGCAAGAUCAGUGCUGAGAAUGGGUGCUGCAGAGGGUGAGGGUGCUUUAGACGGUGGAUGGGGAUGGAUGAUUGUGGUGUCCUCCUUCAUGGCCCAGUUCCUGUCCUUUGGGUCACCCCAGGCUGUCGGGGUGUUGUACCCCAAGUGGCUCAGUGCCUUCCAGGAAGGCAAAGGCAUGACAGCCUGGGUUGGAUCCAUAGUGUCUGGGGUGGCGCUCAUCACCAGCCCAGUGUGCAGUGCCUGUGUGGAUAAUUUCAGUGCACGGCCGGUGACAGUCUUCAGUGGUGUGAUGGUGGCUGGGGGUCUGAUGCUGAGCGCAUUUGCUCCAAAUGUCUCUUUCCUCAUCUUCUCCUACGGCAUUGUUGUUGGUAUGGGCUGUGGACUUGUCUACGCUGCCACAUUGACCAUAACCUGCCAGUACUUUGACAAGAGGCGUGGCCUAGCUUUGGGUAUUGUUACCGCAGGUACAAGUAUGGGCGGAUUCAUCUAUGCCACUUUGCAGAAUGAGCUCAUUGAGUUGUUUGGAUUGGAGGGCUGCCUACUUAUCAUUGGAGCGCUGGCGCUCAACCUGAUGGCAUGUGCUGGGCCAAUGCGGCCUUUAAACUUACCUGGUUACUACCUGAAACAGAGGGCUGCUCUAAAGCCCACAGAGGGACCACUUUACACCAAACCUACUGCCAUUAUUAUUAACACUAGCUGCCUCAAAACCACACCUGACUCAUCCAAUAACUCAGCUGCAGUGAAGUUGUUGAUCACCAUGGAAUCCACAGAGCAGCAAGAAAGUGAAGGAGAGAGAAAGGGUGGGGUGCUGUCCUGCUCAAUAGUAGCACGAGCAAUCAAGAAAUGGUUGCAUCCUUAUUGUCAGUACAUGUGCAGCACUGCAGAGCUCCUACAGGACCGUGUCUUCAUAGCUUUUUGUAUCGCCAUCUUCCUGUUCAGCUUAGGAGCGUUCCCACCUGUGCUCUUCAUGGAGGAUGUGGCCCAGAGCGAGGGCCUUAUUGAUGGGAUUGCACUCAUACCACUCGUAUCCAUCGUUGCCAUGACAACAGGCAUUGGUAAGCUGGUGCUGGGUGUGUUGGCGGACAUGCGAUGGGUGAACAGUCUGUACCUGUAUGCCCUGACGCUGAUGGGCACAGGUGUGGCUCUGCUGCUCAUCCCUGUGUCUAAGAGCUACCUGGGUCUGCAAGUGCUGUCGGCCAUAGUUGGAUUUUUCUCAGGGAACUGGUCACUCACUUCCUACAUCACUACCAAGAUUGUAGGCUUCCAGCGACUCAGUCAGGCUCAUGGCAUUCUCAUGUGCUUCGGAGGGUUUGGAAUCAUGCUCGGGCCACCUGUUGUAGGUUGGCUCUUUGACUGGACUCAAUCAUAUGACCUGGCCUUCUACUUCAGUGGCACUUGUGUUGUAGUGGCUGGUAUGUUUCUGUUCUUGGCCACAAUGCCUUGCCGGAACAGGAUGACAGAGGAGGGAAAUUCAGCUGCAGAGAAGGACUUCAACAGUUCUCUGACAAAGUAGCCUCAAUGGCUUGAACAGCAUUUCACCGGUCUAAACUUGUCUUUGACCACUGACCUCGGUACUCUCAUUCUAGUGAACAUGCAGAAGCUUGGCUAAAACCUUUUUCUCUGCCAGUCUUUCUCUUCUUGCCAUUUUUCUUAAUCCAGCGGUUAGUUAAGUCUUGUCAAGUGACUUCCCACAGUGCCAAAUCUAUGUGUUGUUUUAAUGUGAGUUGACUUUUUUAUUUGUUCCACAUACCCUGUCAUUUAUUUAAGGGGGUGUUAUUUUUUUUUUUAUUUGUCUUAGACAAAUAUUCCUUAUUUGUGAGAUUUUUAUAUUUAUAGCAGAGUUUGUUUGUUAAUAGUAUAUUCAGUAGAUUAUAUACUUGAUCCUUUUUUAAAAAAAAUGUGCCGGUCUCGUUCACUUUUUGCGUGAACUUUACUCUCUGACAUGUAUGGCCUGUGUUGUUAGUGUGUACAUGAAAAUCACCAACCUGCAGAAAAUCUGAGAAUGUGUGAUUUAUUUUUUAUUUUUUUCACUGCACUUGCCUUGGAUAAAAUCCAGAUCGAAACAUUUAGUUAUUUCUGGUUAUUUGAGGAAAUCCAUUGUAAUGCACUUUUGCCUGCAUUUUCUUUUCCAUCUUUUCACCUCUGUCUGCUGCACUUCAUCUCCUCCCAACUGUCAUACCAAAGUUUCAAUCAAAUUGAUGUUUUUUUCCUUCUUUUGCUUUGUAAAGAAGGUCUUUUUUAAACCUGUAAUUACAUUUUUUUUUUCUUUGAAUCUGAAGGCAUACCUCAGUAUGUUCUGGAUCUUUCAACUAAUCAUUAGCCAGUAAUAAAGACAAGAAUAUGCUGAAGAAAAAAGUCAGAAAAAAUAAAAACCACAGGACAGAGUUGGGUUCUGUAAUUGCAAUGUCCAA